AUGGUACAGACGCUGUUCAGUAAGAAGGUCAAGUUUGUGCGACACGACGGAGCUCGCGAGUUCGCAACCCACUCGCUUCGAUUGUUCUACGAAGAUGAAGGCAUUGAAAAGCAGACAACGGUGCAUAUGCGCAUCAAGCAAACGGAACAGCAGAGCGUGCCAUUAGGACUAUUGUCACGAUCGGCCGCAGCAUGCUUCAUCAUGCCAAACUGGACAAGUGUUCCUGGGCUGAAGCAGCGAUGA